UUCAAUCCUCCAUCCCUUCUCUGCCCCAACCAAACCCAUAAUCUAACCAAUAAAAUUUACUCAGAGAGAGAGAGAGGUAGCAAGAAGGUUUUUCUGAAGUCUUAACUGAAAAAGUGAGAAGGGAAGUCAGUCAGUCUUGAAGACUUUUGCUGUUGUUAUACCCUUUUCAAAUCCUCCUCUCUUUCCGGUCCUUCGAUUGCUGCAGAGAUAAAGGAGAGGGGAAAUCGAGAGCCACCAAAAGGGGGAAAACAGAUGACGGAUUUCAAACUUUUUGGUCAGAUGAUUCCGCGGCCACUCCGUAAUCAACUUCAGCAGCAGCAGCAGCAGGGGAAUCUGGGGCAGAGGAUGGAAGUCGUUGAUGUUUCCGCCUCUUGUUCUUAUGCUGGUGACCCCAGUCCGGCGGCCGCGGCUGCGGAAAUCGGCAAUCGAGAUGAGCGUUGCGAUGGAGAUAAAGAUGAAGAUGACUGUACAAGUUCUGGAAGUGAAGGAGAAGGAGGAGGAGAUGAGCGUGAUGAAAACAUGGAAAAUUCAGGAAACGAUGAAAUUACUGACGAGAAUCGCCCGAUCGGGGCCUCGAAUGGGGAUUCGAAAGACCCCAACCCUGCAUCAUCGUCAUCAUCAGCAGGAAUAAACCAGAGAGACAACACGGCUGCUACCAACACCGAUAAACCCGGCCAAGACAAAGGCGGCAAGAGCGAUCAAAGUGGCGAGGCAACAAGCAGCAGCUCGCUAAACCAAGACAACAAAACCUUGAAAAAACCAGACAAGAUCUUACCUUGCCCUCGAUGCAACAGCAUGGAGACCAAAUUCUGUUACUACAACAACUACAACGUCAACCAACCCCGCCAUUUCUGCAAGAACUGCCAGCGGUACUGGACUGCCGGUGGCACGAUGAGGAACGUGCCAGUCGGUGCUGGACGGCGGAAGAACAAGAGCGCUUCUUCUUCGCAGCAGUACAGGCAGAUUAUGGUCUCGGAGGCCUUGAGAUCAGCAGCUGCUCAAUCCCAUGUCUUGAGUGGCAGUACUACCGUCUUGAACUUCCGGUCGGAUUCCCCUCUUUGUGAAUCCGUGGCUUCCAUCUUGAACCUCUCGGAGAAUGCGCAAGCCGGUUUCCACCCUCGUGGUGCUCCUUCAGGGGCUGCUAAUGGUAAUGAUAACGGCGAUGGGUGCUCAAGUGGAAUGUCGGUUACAGGUUCGACAAAUUCAUCCGACAAAACGGGGAUCAUCAAACAUGGUUCAUCAGGGGGAAGUUGUCUCCCAUGUAUGCCAGCGGCUCCUUGGCCUUACCCCAUGGCAACUCCGAUGCCUCCGCCUCCACUGAUGGGGUUUGGCCCUCCAGGGUUCCCGAUUUCAUUCUAUCCUGCAUCACCUUACUGGGGAUGUGCGGUUCCUAGUCCAUGGACUGGAGCACCACCACCACAGCAACCAUGUCCGUCUUCCCUAAGCCCAAAUGGUUCAAGCUCAGGGUCAAGUCCGGUUACAUCUCCACUGGGGAAGCAUUCGAGGGAUGGCGAGACCACGAGGGCAGAGGGAUCAUCGGAUGAACCGUUGCGAAAGAUGAGCAAUGGGAUUGUUGUUCCCAAGACGUUGAGGAUCGAUGAUCCUAAUGAUGCCGCAAAGAGCUCCAUAUGGGCGACGCUGGGGAUUAGUCAGAGUGAAAAGCCUAGCUCCAUCAAUGGAGGCAGUAUGUUUAAGGGAUUUCAGGCGAAGGGCGGAGAUAGAAUUCAAGGAAACGGGACAUCUCUAACACUGCAGGCUAACCCUGCUGCUUUGUCAAGGUCUCUCAACUUCCAGGAGAGGAAUUAGAAGGGUACUGUUGUUAGCAGCCAAUGGAGAUCUUAUAGAGAGAGGAACCAUGGUGGGGUUUUUUUUAGACAGAUGCGGCGCGCUUCCUUUUCUGUUUUCUCCUUCUAGCUUCAUCAGACACAGAUGAUGAGUUAGAGUUCUCCUCAAAUGUUGAAGAUGAAGAUCAGCAGCUUUGUGAUGUAUGUGCAGCAGCCAUAGAAGAGUUCCUUUGUGCCUUAAUCUUUUUGUGCCUUUCUUGUGUACAUAAUAUAUAUGUUAAUGUAGCAUGAAAGCAAGAACCAUUCUUUAUGGUAUUCACUGUCCAUGAUCAUGAGAUACAAAUAAAACUGCAAUAAAAAAUCUUAUAGCAUUUCCUCCACA